CUGACCGUGGAAGCUGCAGAGGGCAAUUAACAUAAGAAAAUACAGUUCUGACGGCUUUCUUGCUAUCGGCAUUUUCUUAAAACACUCUUUCGUCAAGGACAUGUUCAAUUAGAGGUAGUCGCUGUCUCAGUCCACAAGAGAAGAUGUCAGGAAACAGCCUGGUGCUACCCAUAGUGCUGUGGGGCAGGCGGGCCCCCACGCACUGCAUCUCCAGCCUGCUGGUCAUGGACGACUUCGGCACCAUCAUCACCGGCUGCCACGACGGGCAGAUCUGCAUCUGGGACAUGACCCCCGAGCUGGAGAUAAGUCCACGCGCUCUGUUGUUUGGACACACAGCGUCCAUCACCUGUUUAUCCAAAGCCAGCGCGGCAAGCGACAAGCAGUACCUGGUCAGCGCGUCAGAGAGCGGUGAGAUGUGCUUGUGGGAUAUCACCGAUGGCCGCUGCAUUGAGUUCACCAAACUGGCCUGCGCUCACACUGGAAUCCAGUUCUACCAGUUCACCAUUGGCACUGAGCGUGAGGGUCGUCUCCUGUGCCAUGGCCACUACCCAGAGAUCUUGGUGAUGGACGCCACCAGCCUGGAGGUGCUCUACUCCCUCGUCUCUAAGAUCUCCCCCGACUGGAUCAGCUCCAUGAGCAUCAUCCGCUCCCACCGCACACAAGAGGACACAGUAGUAGCCGUGUCUGUCACUGGCAUCCUGAAGGUGUGGAUCAUAUCAGCUGAGGUCAGCAGGAUGCAGGACCUGGACCCGGUGUUUGAGGAGGAGUCCAAGCCCAUCUACUGCCAGAGCUGCCAGAGCAUCUCCUUCUGCACCUUCACACAGCUCUCCCUGCUCGUCGUCUGCUCCAAAUACUGGAGGGUGUUUGAUGCGAUGGACUACUCGCUGCUGUGCUCCGUGCCCAGUGAGAAUGACCAGGCCUGGACUGGAGGGGACUUCAUCGCGGCCGACAAAGUCAUCAUCUGGACCGAGGACGGCUGCAGCCACAUCUACAAACUGCCUGCCAGCUGCCUGCCGGCCAGUGAGCAUUUCCGUAGUGACGUGGGGAAGACCAAGGAGGGCGCCAUCCCUCCACUCAUCUACAGCAUCGCAGACUGCGCUGACAAACAGCUCCUCAUCUGCCCCCCGGUGACGCGCUUCUUCUACGGCCGCCGGGAGCCCUUCCACAAGCUGCUGGUUCAGGGGGACUCGGCCGGACGCCUCUCCCUCUGGAGCGUCCCCGACGCCUCCCCCCCUCCACAGCCACCCUCCGCACCCACAGAGCUGCAGGUGUCCUCCACCAUCAGCCUGCAGGAGGCCUUCGACAAGCUGGCGCCGCGGCCGGCGGGCAUCAUCGACCAGCUGAGCGUGAUCACGCCCGGCUCCGAGGAGCCCAUCAAGGUUACGGCCAGCGUCUACAUCCCGGCCCAGGGACGGCUGGUGUGCGGCAGAGAGGACGGCAGCAUCAUCCUGGUGCCCGCCACCCAGACCGCCAUCGUCCAGCUGCUGCAGGGCGAACACAUGCUGCGCAGAGGCUGGCCGCCGCACCGCACGCUAAGGGGCCACCGUAACAAGGUGACGUGCCUGCUGUACCCCCACCAGGUGUCGGCGCGCUACGACCAGCGCUCGCUGGUGUCGGGCGGCGUGGACUUCUCCGUCAUCGUGUGGGACAUCUUCACGGGCGAGAUGAAGCACAUCUUCUGCGUCCACGGCGGCGAGAUCACCCAGCUCAUCGUGCCGCCCGAGAACUGCAGCACGCGUGUGUCGCACUGCGUGUGCUCGGUGGCGAGCGACCACUCGGUGGGGCUGCUGAGCCUGCGUGAGAGGAAGUGCAUCAUGCUGGCGUCGCGCCACCUCUUCCCCAUCCAGGUCAUCAAGUGGCGGCCCUGCGACGACUACCUGGUGGUGGGCUGCUCCGACGGCUCCGUCUACGUCUGGCAGAUGGACACAGGUGCGCUGGACCGCUGCGUGAUGGGCAUCACGGCGGUGGAGAUCCUGAACGCGUGCGACGAGCUGGCGCCCGCGACCGUGGACGCGCUGAACCACCCGGCCGUCAACCUGAAGCAGGCCAUGACCCGACGCAGCCUGGCCGCGCUCAAGAACAUGGCCCAGCACAAGCUCCAGACCCUGGCCACCAACCUGCUCGCAGCCGACAACGCAGACAAGGGUAAUCUUCCCAAGUACUCUCACAACGCGCUGGUGGUGCAGGCCAUGAAGACCAACGUGACGGACUCGGACAUGCACGUGCUCUUCUUCGACGUGGAGGCGGUGAUCAUCCAGCUGCUGACGGAGGAGGCCCAGAGGCCCAACCCCACGCUCGUCUCCCCGGAGACCCUGCAGAAGGCCCCCGGCGGCGCCGACAAGGGGGGCUCCCUGUUGGCCAGCAAGAUCUUCAAGCAGGUCAAGGAGACCAUCAAGGAGAACAUCAAGGAGCACCUCCUGGACGAGGACGAGGACGAAGAGGAGGAGAUGCGCCGGCGCGAGGAGAAGUCCAAGUCCCUGUCCUUGCUGGAGUACAACCUGACCAUGGACACGGCUAAGCUCUUCAUGUCCUGCCUGCACGCCUGGGGCCUGAACGGCCAGCUGGACGAGGUCUGCCUGAGCCGACUGGGCAUGCUCAAGCCGCACACGCCCAUCUCCUUCGGCCUGAUCUCCCGCGGCGGCCACAUGUCACUCAUGCUGCCCACCUUCAAGGAGUCGCUGCUGCGCCGGCUGGCACUGUCCGAGCCCGAGGGGCCAGGUGGCCGCAAGCUGUCCGUCUCGGAGAUCGUGGGCAAGGGCACGUACGGCGUGUCGCGCGCCGUCACCACGCAGCACCUGCUGUCCGUCAUCUCGCUGGCCAACACGCUCAUGGGCAUGACCAACGCCACCUUCGUAGGGGAGCACAUGAAGAAGGCACCUGUGCGCCCUCCCAGACCGGGCACCCCAGAGACCCUGCGGAAGACUGGCCCUCCGCCCCCCACCUCCAGCCCCGCUCUCCAGGCCCAGAUCAAACAAGGCUGGAGCCAGCUGGCUGCCAUGCACUGCGUGAUGCUGCCCGACCUGCUGGGCCUGGACAAGUUCAGACCCCCCCUGCUGGAGAUGCUAGCGCGCCGCUGGCAGGACCGCUGUCUGGAGGUGCGUGAGGCGGCCCAGGCUCUCCUCCUGGCUGAGCUGCGUCGGAUUGGUCAGUCCGGCAGGAAGGACACCAUCGACCUGUGGGCCCCCUACCUUCCCCAAUACGUAGACACCGUCAGCUCCCCCACGGCAACCGAGGCACCCCAGCCAAUCCCACCACCCCCUGAGCCACAGCCCGUGGAGGUCAAAGUUCAGGAGGAGGAGAUGGACGUGACGGACGAUGACAUCACUGCAGGCUGCCUCUCCAACCUGCCGCCCAACGCCAAGAAGAUCUGCAACUCGUACGAGGAGCGCCGCAAGCAGGCCACGGCCAUCGUGCUGCUGGGGGUGAUCGGGGCCGAGUUCGGGGCGGAGAUCGAGCCGCCCAGGCUGCCAGGCAGGCCCCGCACCGCCGGCCAGGCACCAGAGGGCUUCGGCCUCACCACGGGAGGUUCCAACUACUCGCUGGCACGCCACACCUGUAAGGCCCUGACGUUCCUGCUGCUGCAGCCCCCGAGCCCCAAGCUGCCCCCCCACAGCACCAUCCGCCGCACCGCUAUUGACCUGAUUGGCCGCGGCUUCACGGUGUGGGAGCCCUACAUGGACGUCUCCGCCGUGCUCAUGGGCCUGCUGGAGCUCUGUGCCGACGCAGAGAAGCAGCUCUCCAACGUCACAAUGGGCCUGCCUCUCAACCCGGCUGCGGAUUCGGCCCGCUCGGCCCGCCACGCGCUCUCCCUCAUCGCCACCGCACGCCCUCCCGCCUUCAUCACCACCAUCGCCCGCGAGGUGCACAGGCACACAGCGAUGCAGUCCCAGGGCUCCCAGUCACAGCAGAAUGUGCACACUACCACACUGGCACGCGCCAAGACAGAGAUCCUGCGCGUCAUCGAGAUCCUCAUCGAGAAGAUGCCCAGCGACGUCGUCGACCUGCUGGUGGAGGUGAUGGAUAUCAUCAUGUACUGCAUUGAGGGCUCUCUUGUCAAGAAGAAGGGCCUGCAAGAAUGCUUCCCGGCUAUUUGCAAGUUCUACAUGGUGGGCUACUGUGAUCGCAGCCACCGCAUCGCCGUGGGGGCUCGCCAGGGUUCUGUGGCGCUGUAUGACGUCCGCACCGGCAAAUGCCAGCACAUCCAUGGUCAUAAGGGCCCCAUCACAGCAGUAUCCUUCGCUCCGGACGGCCGCUACCUGGCCACCUACUCCAACGCAGACAGCCACAUCUCAUUCUGGCAGAUGAACCAGUCUCUGCUGGGCAGCAUCGGGGUGCUGAACUCGGCUCCUCAGCUGCGCUGCAUCAAGACGUACCAGGUGCCGCCGGUGGCGCCCGCCUCGCCGGGCUCCCAGAACGCCCUGAAGCUGGCCCGCCUCAUCUGGACCUCCAACCGCAACGUGAUCCUCAUGGCCCACGACGGCAAGGAGCACCGCUUCAUGGUCUGAGACCACGGGGACGACGACCCGACCCAAUCCGAGAUGAUGAUGACAGUGACUUUGCCUGUCAACGACCCCACAACCAGAGUCUCUGUUUCUCUAUAUCUCUAUGUCUCUUGCUCUCUCUCUGCGAGCCACCAUGCCACACCACACUUCUGCAAGCACCACACCACACCACACCACACCACACCACACCACACCACACCACACAACACAACACAACACCCUACACCACUGCUGUUCUUCUGAGAUGGUCCCAUCCGAGACGACAUGAUACGUGAUGACGGCGUCGGUCGACCUGCAAAGAGAGUCUCUGUCUCUCUCCAUCUGUCUCUCGUACGAGUCGCCAUGCCACGCCAAGCCAAGCGGCAUGACUCACCCACCCCCCCACCACACACACACCAGAACGCAACACCACUACUAAUCUGGAGGUCAGCUGGAGGUCGUCUUGACCUCCACCAGGAUCCUCAAGACUCCACAUUCCCCUCGAUAAACUAAUGCACCAAGCAUCACCGCCACCGCUAUAUAGUCACCCCUCUCCCCCAUCCAGUGGCAUAUCCCAGCCAGCAGCACCCUGCUCGACUGGUGCCGUUUACACACGGCUUGUGGUUUUAUUUCUUUUUUUUAAGUUGUUUACAUUUGAAGUUCAUUCCUUUUUGUGGUUCAUUUUUAUUUUAUUUUUUGUUAUUCUUAUCAUUAUUUUGGUAUUUUUAAUGUGGAGUUUGAUUCAUCUUAUUUAAACUAAAGGACAGUAAACAGUAGAUAUAUUCCUCUUUGACAGGUGUGGCUAAUGUCUUGUCAUGGGAAGAGCGCAUGCUUGCGCACCUGUGUGUGUGUGAGCGUGUGUGCUGGUCAGCGAUGAGAAGGGCAGUGCAGUGCAGUGCGGUACUUUAACAUGCACUGUUGUUGUUGUGGUGAGAGUGUUGACUUACUGUGUACAGUUGGACUUUUGUGAGUUGGUGGGGUGGGGUGUGGGAUAGGAGAAGUUUUAUUUAUUUAUUUUUACCUUAACUUAAACUUGCAUGAAUCUUCUUUCGUCGUCGUCGUCAAUCGGUAGAAGUGUGCCGUGAACGCGCAGCGCAGCAGCCCUCCUGCACGGUAGCUCUCUGUCUCUGUCUAUCUCUGCAGGGGCUUCAGUUAUCUGUUUUGAAGAAGUAUCUACUGUACUGGAAGAAGAAAAGGAAGAAGUCCUCCCAUGGAAAAGAGCAGAGGACCUGGGACUGAAUUUUCCCCCAAAAGCCCUGCCGCAAGCUCCCUGCCGAGGGGAGUGGAGAAGGACGAGGAGUGGUUGCUCACUUACUUAUCACCAAAAACAACUGCAGUCAAAGAAAAGAAUAUUGAAAUAUAUCAUUAUCUGUGCUGUAUCAUUGUGAAAUAUCUCACCAGGAAUGUUUGUUGUUGUUAUUAGCUGUAGAUGUCGUUGUUAUUUGUCUGUGUUUGUUUGUUUGUUUGUUUACAUUGUGUACUUGUCUCUUUUAGUCAUUUGGGUUUACUAUACUGUCAGUAGGAUUGUCGUGUGCUUGGUGCUGUCAUAGAUCCCGUGUUCUCCCCUGAGCCUGUACAGACAGCCUAGUGUGUGUUGCUACGCAGCUAAUAAACAAGCGCUUAUGAAAGCCCA